UUGUCUAAUUUAUUUCAGGCUGAAUAUUUCACGAGACGUCAAAUUGAUGAGUAUCGGCAAUGUUUCAACACAUAUUGUCUAAACGGUGUGAUAUCAAAUGUACCACAACUGCGGUACAUAAUGCGCUGCCUGGGUUAUUCUCCGACCGUUUAUGAAACAAAGCAGUAUUUUCAACAAUAUAAAGAAGGAAUUGGCUUUGCGGUAUUUUUGAAUAUUCUUCGUAACGAAAGCGAAAAAACCGACGCAAUCAUUGAAAUAAUGCGAGCGUUGAAAUAUUUCGAUAAGAACAACCACGGCUCAAUCGUUGCAAGCGAAUUUACGAAUAUUUUAACAUCGAUUGGUGAAAAAAUGACGAAUGAAGAAAUUUUCCGUUUAUUAAAACAAUUAAAUAUUACAAAUAGUAAUGAAAAAAUUCCGUUCACUAAACUUUUACGAUUCAUUUCAUCAAAUCCAAUUCAUUUUUAUUCAUAA